CUGCGGCUGUCGGGGCCGGGCCCAUUCGGUUUUGCUAGCCUCUCUGAGAGGGCGGGAGCCUUUUAGGGCAGCGAUCCCGCGGUGGAAAGGGAGGAGGAGUCGUAGGGGACCCUGGCCCUUGCCCCAGCUAGAGAGGGAAGAGAGUUUGGCUGGCCUGCGGGCGAAAGCGUCGGUUCCCUUUCCACAGGGGAGGGGCGGAUGGACGGGCUUCUGACUCCCAGGGAGUCCGCAGAAUUCAUUGCGGAAAACAGUCGAGAUGUGUUCAUUGACGGCGGAGGCGUGCGGAGAGUGGCCGAGCUUCUGCUGGCCAAGGCCGCGGGGCCCGAGCUGCGCGUGGGGGCCUGGAAGGCCCUUCACGAGCUGAAUCCCAAGGCGGCCGACGAGGCCGCUGUUAACUGGGUGUUUGUGACAGACACGCUCAACUUCUCCUUCUGGUCGGAGAGUGACGAGCACAAAUGUCUGGUGGGGUACGGGGGGAAGACGUACAGUGGGUACUGGUCCCUGUGCGCCGCGGUCAACAGAGCCCUGGAUGAAGGGAUACCAAUAACUAGUGCUUCGUACUAUGCCACAGUUACCCUGGAUGAGGUUCAGCAUAUACUCCGUUCUGACACAGACGUCCCCAUGCCUUUGAUAGAAGAGAGGCAUCGGAUUCUCAAUGAAACCGGGAAAAUUCUGCUUGAGAAAUUUGAAGGCUCUUUUCUUAAUUGUGUCCGAAAAAGUGAUAAAAGUGCUCAGAAGUUAUUGCACCUGGUAGUUGAAAGCUUUCCUUCUUAUAGAGAUGAGACUCGGUUUGAGGGGAAAAGAAUUUCUUUUUACAAACGGGCCCAAAUCCUUGUGGCAGAUACGUGGAGUGUAUUAGAGGGAAAAGGAGACGGCUGCUUUAAGGACAUCUCCAGAAUCACCAUGUUUGCUGACUAUAGAUUACCUCAGGUUCUUGUUUACCUGGGAGCCCUGAAAUACUCUGACGAACUACUGGAGAAGCUUCUCAAAGGAGAAGUGCUUUCGUAUGGGAAUAGCCAAGAGGUGGAAAUCAGAGGGUGUUCUCUUUGGUGUGUUGAGCUGAUCCGGGAUUGUCUUCUGGAGCUUACUGAAAAGAAGGGUGAAAAAACUAGUGGAGAGAUCAAUUCCAUUCUUCUGGAUUAUUUCUUAUGGGACUAUGCCCGUGAUCACAGGGAAGAUAUGAAAGGAAUUCCAUUUCAUCGCACACGUUGCAUAUAUUAUUGACCUACAGUGUAAACUGAUCCUAAGAAAACUUACAUUUUUUUUUUUUUUUUGCGGUACGCGGGCCUCUCACUGCUGUGGCCUCUCCCGUUGCGGAGCACAGGCUCCGGACGCGCAGGCUCAGUGGCCAUGGCUCACGGGCCCAGCCGCUCCGCGGCAUGUGGGAUCUUCCUGGACCGAGGCACGAACCUGUGUCCCCUGCAUCGGCAGGCGGACUCCCAACCACUGUGCCACCAGGGAAGCCCAAAAAACUUGCAUUUUUAUAUCACAUAAUUAUUUGUAUAAUUUUGCUUUGUUGUUAGAGGAGGUGGUAGAGGUUACAGCAACAAGAAAAUUGAUUACCCAGGCUCUCUUAAAAUAUUUUUCCUGACAUAUCACUCUGUAUUGCCAACUUUUUCCUUUGUUUGCUUGUUUAGUUUUGACUAUAUUUUCCUCUUCUAUGGAUACAUGACAGAAAUAGUAAAGGAAAUGUAAUGCUUUCUUUAAAUCUCAGAUUUCUUAAAAUUCAUCAUGCCUUAUAAUGUGAUUGAUCUUUGGUAAUAGUAUUUCAUCCAUUCAAUUGGUAUCUUUUUUCAAGGUGUCAUAAUUUUCUAUAUACCUUAAUCAUUUGAUAUGAGAGAGAAAGUAGGGUCUUUGCUGUAUGAAUGCUGCUGCUCUUGUAGAAAUCAAUCUUGACAGAUUUUUUAAAACUUCUUAUUGAUAAACAUAAUGAUUUUCAAUUUAGGAUAUCUGUCCAGUUUUUUUUUUCCUUCGGAGUAACUACAUUAGAAUUUAUUGAAUAAAGAUUUUUUAAACUUC